AUGUCAGACAUCCUGGAGUCCACCAUGAAUGGACAGUUGGACCUAAGUGGGAAGCUCAUCAUCAAAGCUCAACUUGGGGAGGACAUUCGACGAAUUCCCAUUCAUAAUGAAGAUAUUACUUAUGAUGAAUUAGUGCUAAUGAUGCAAAGAGUUUUCAGAGGAAAACUUCUGAGUAAUGAUGAAGUUAUCAUAAAGUACAAAGAUGAAGAUGGAGAUCUUAUAACAAUUUUUGAUAGUUCUGAUCUUUCCUUUGCAAUUCAGUGUAGUAGGAUACUGAAACUGACAUUAUUUGUUAAUGGCCAACCAAGACCCCUUGAAUCAAGUCAGGUGAAAUAUCUCCGUCGAGAACUCAUAGAACUUCGAAAUAAAGUGAAUCGCUUAUUGGAUAUCUUGGAACCACCUGGCGAACCAGGACCUUCCACCAGUAUUCCUGAAAAUGAUACUAUGGAUGGUAGGGAAGAAAAGCCUGCUGCUUCUGAUUCUUCUGGAAAACAGUCUAAUCAGGUUAUGGCAGCAAGUAUGUCAGCUUUUGAUCCUUUAAAAAACCAAGAUGAAAUCAGUAAAAAUGUCAUGUCAGCGUUUGGCUUAACAGAUGAUCAGGUUUCAGGGCCACCCAGUGCUCCUGCAGAAGACCGUUCAGGAACGCCUGACAGCAUUGCUUCCUCCUCCUCCGCAGCUCAUCCCCCCGGAGUUCAGCCACAGCAGCCACCGUACACAGGAGCUCAGACACAAGCAGGUCAGAGUGAAGGUCAGAUGUAUCAACAGUACCCACAGCAGGCUGGUUAUGGUGCUCAGCAGCCACAGGCACCACCUCAGCCAGCACAGCAGUAUGGCAUUCAGUAUUCAGCAGGCUAUAGUCAGCAGACUGGACCCCAGCAACCUCAGCAGUACCAAGGAUAUGGCCAGCAAGCAACUUCCCAGGCACAAGCUGCUGCAUUUUCUGGUCAGCCUCAACAACUGCCUGCUCAACAGCCACAGCAGUUCCAGGCGAGCAGUUACCCUCCACAUACUUACGCCACCCAAACUUCUCAGCCUACUAAUUACACUGUGGCCCCUGCCUCACAACCUGGAAUGGCUCCAAGCCAGGCCGCAGCCUAUCAACCAAGACCAGGUUUUACUCAGUCUGCAAGUACCAUAACCCCUCCUCCAAGUGGGGCUAACCCUUAUGCACGUAACCGUCCUCCCUUUGGUCAGGGCUAUACUCAACCUGGACCUGGUUAUCGAUAA